AAACGGACACGGCGCUAAUUGUGCUCCGCGAGGAAUUCAAGGCAGCGCGCGAGCGCGGAGGGGGAGGGGGUCGUGUGCGCGCGCAGCGUGCGGCGCUUUAAAUGACACCAUCCUGACGGCUGAGGCGUCGCGCCGGGCUCAGAGUCGGGCUUUCUCUCCUCGUUCGUAUAGCCUGUCCGGACCGAACCAGAAUGCCGAGCAAAAAGAGAAAACAUCGUCGCCGUAGGAACAAGGGUACCCAGAAGAAUGCUACUGCCAACACCAAAGACCCAGGGACAGCAGGUAUUCUAGCCAAGGAUCGCGCCAUGCCCUUGAGCGCUCUGAGCGCUCUUGGGGAAACGCUGCCUGCUCCAGAGUCAGUACUAAAGCCUUGCAAGAUCAGCCCUGCAGCCAUUAUUGAGGAGGGCAGCCUGAAAGCUUCGACGGCCAUACGAGUGGGCGAGAGAGAGGACAGUCUCCCACCAAAAUACAGGACCCCUAAGGAGACAGUGCCACAGCCCCCGGCCCCUGACAAGAUGCCGCCUUCGAUGGACUCUGCUGGUGCUCUGGACAUACUGUCUGGAGACUUCAAGUCCCCCGAAGGUCUCCCUGAUCACCAAACGUGUGGAAACACACCCAAAGCAUCGAAUGAACGGCCAUCAAUGGACUCUGCAGAAGCUCUCAACAUACUAUCUGGGGACUUCAAGCAUCCUGUAAACCCCCCUCCUGAUCAGCCCUCUCUUGUUUCUGCAUCCACCCAUAAACUGUCCCUUGUAGAUGCUGCCCUUGGUAGCCUCGAGGAGGAUUUGCUUGCCCAAGCUGUCACACCAAAUUUCAAGAGUAGCAUGGAAGUGCCAACCAAGGCUAAACAGCAGUUCUCUGCUGGGCCAAGCGAUGCUUUUGAUGCUUUGUCCAACACCUUGAUGGAUUCUAGCUCCGGCUAUGACCCCACACCUGUCCCAACGGAAGAGAUCAUUGAGAACAUAAUUGUAGAAAAACAUGUGGGAAAACUUGGAGAGAGAGACGACACGCUUCCACCAAACUACCGAUUCCCAAAAGCGCCACUGGAUGGAGGGCAGAACCAAGAGAAAGACACUGCUUUCAAAAAGGAGUCAGAGAAAGUAGUGGAAAAGAUGCCAGCCAGUGGUGAAGGUCCUGGUCAAAAUGGAUCAGAUGUGUUGCCUGUUACAAGCUAGACCCAUGAGGCUAGAAAAUGUCAACCUUUAGGCCAAUAGGUGACAAAACUUCAAGGAGGAAGCUGGACAAACAUUCCCGCUUAAGAGUGUCGUAGGAUGCAGAAGACCUACUUUCCAGCAUAUUAACACGUGUGUGUGUGUGUAUGCACAUUUACAAAAGUGAUGUCAUAAGGGAAACAGUUGCACCUUUAGAAGCAGAAGCCAUUCCUUUAGUUGUGUUAGAGAAAUGCUGUAUAAGAAGAGAAAUUUUUUGGGUAUAGGUUUAAUACUUGUGCUUUCAUUCUUAAUGUAUUUCGGGAACUACAGAGAAAACAAAUAUGAGUUGGAUAUGGAUUUUAUAUAUUAUGUAAUUUGCAUAUGGAAUAUGUUUAAUAUUCUGGGUAAUAUCCCACACUGAGCCUGUUUUGUGUGUCAAGCAACCAAAUGCAUUCCGAUUCCAUACUUAAAGUGAAAUUUUAGGAGGUUUCAGAGAGAAGUGUUACACCAGCCCUUAUCCUCAGCAACAACUUGCCCUGGUCAGAUCUCCUUAAAUUCCUAUGCGAUCUCCUAUGUUCUUACUGCUCGUGGAAUCCCACCACCUGUACAUCAUCCAUCUGUGAAGACAUCCCGGUGGGGGUCCAACAACUUCACCCAUCUGCCGCUGUGAGCCAACCAUUGGACUCCGCGCCAAAAAAACUGCAACAAGUAUUCUCCUGUUGCUACUGCUGUGGUCUAAUACUUCUAACUGUUGAACGUGUAUUAAAUCGCAAACAAGUUUUUUUUUACUUUUAUCACAUUAUUUUAGUACCACUUAAAAGGUUUAGAUAUUUGGGCACCGUGAUGUAUCUGAAAGCACACAGGUGAUGGAUAAAAUUUAGUAUACACAGUAGAAAACUGCAUCUAUUAUAGAGUGGGUUUUUUGUUCAGGUGGUAGUUGUUUGAAAACUGACUUUUUCAAGUGUUAUUUCAAGGACAAUAAAACAGGAUAGAGCUUUA